AUGCUCCAUGUUGCUCAACCUUCCGUCGAAGAGGAAUGGCCAGAGUUAGGCAGGAUCAACCACAAGACGGAAAAGGAAAACCGUAAUAUUAAACCACCCGGUAAAAGGAAGUGGAAGCGACUCGACGACGAUGUUGCACUUUGUAAACCACCAGAUUCCGAAAAUGCCAAGUCAAACUCUAACGGGGAUAAUACUGGCAGUAAGACAGAUUCAGAUUCCAACAGGUCUCCCAAUCGCUGUUCGUCUUCCAACUCCACAUCGUAUGCUCAAAGGGGCGUCGAUAACGGGGACCAAUCCUCCAGAAAAAUCAAUGGCCAAUGUCCAGAUGGCAUGUCGAAUUGUUUUUUCGUUCAACCGAACUUUGCCGGAUUCGAAAUGCCUGUGACUAUCCCCAGACCAGGAUUCAAUCCUGCUAUCGUUAAUCACUAUCGGAAUUUUGGCCGUUGCAUUCAGACAUGCUGCUGCAGACUUCCCAAUUGCGUUGUUUGUGAAUCCGAACGUCUGUCUCGAAUCCGAUAUCAGGUUGAUUACUACUUCGGUGAUAGGAAUUUUGGCCGAGAUAGAUAUCUUCAAAGCAAAGUUACGGAAGAUCGUUAUGUUCCGAUUGAUGUUGUGUUGGAAUUCCCUCGUAUGCGUCAGUUGAAUGCUACUCUCGAGGAUAUAGUGAAGGCCUGUAGCUGUAGUCAUAUCGUGGAGUUUGAUGCGCACAUGUCGAAAAUACGGCGCAAAGACCCUUACAUAUAUCGUCCACCUCUAGUUCAAGUGUCAGCUCCACUUCUGCACACCUCUCCCCGCCCGUUGUUGGAAUUCCCAGACGUCACCACCGAGUUCCCAAAGGCGUCACCGCCUGACACACCUGAGGCUGAAGCUCAGCCCUCGCCACCCGAAUUAGUUGUACAAAAGGCGGAGGAAAAUAAGGAUGCGGCUUGGCAGUCUGUCGAUCGCCGUCCUAAGCGAACGCGCAACCGUUCGCUGUGUGAGGGUAACACGGAAAACCUCAAACCUCUACGUCCGGCCCAAUCUAGGUCCCGAAUAACUUCAACCUGUUCUGAUGGCACUGAGACGGAUGAGGAAGAUCUUCUCAAGUACCUCGUUGUCAUUUUGCCUGAUCGCGCAACCGAACGCGAGGACAGGCAUUCAAUAUCGCGUUCUUCAGAAAACGUGGCCGGCGAGGCCUCUAAACCAAGCGCACCGGCUGCUGUCGCUGACGGCGCUUCUAAAGGCGUGUUUCGCAGCCUCCACAACACACCCUGUCCCCCUCAGAAGUUGCCACCAUCCGAGAAUUUCUCAUCCGCUACCUCCGGCCCAUCCUAUCGUUUGCUAUCUAAGCAUCCCGCAGGUGAUCGACAUCCGAAUCCCGACUAUCAGACAAGGGCUAAAACGCACGCUGAUUUGUCAAGGGAGAUUCGACAUGGCCUAGAAGAAUACAAAAGGAGUGUCUGGCGCCAGCGCUAUUCAUCUUACACACGUUUUGGAUUUGAUUUUGAUUACGACUUUAACGAUUACCCUAGCUCAAGAACAAGCUCCUUCACCGACCUCUCGAGCUCUGAUGAUCAUUUCACUUCGUCUAUGCCCAAUAAGGUUCAAGUCUUAUCUGCCGAAGAAUUUGCGAACCUCAAGUCCGCUACCGAAGACGCCGUUUCGCACCCAACCACUAGCACAUGUUCUGGACCCUCCGCAGAGGCACCGGCAAUUCCAGUCGAAGCACCGCCUCCAAUUGAAAGCAACAAUUACGUGGCUCCGGCGCUGGGUGCCCUUCCCUUCUUCUACCCUGCGCACCUCCUUCCACCUCCUCCGAUCGCUUUGCUGAACACCCCCUGGUACAUCUCGUCGGCGCCAGUGACUCCUGAAAUGCUGGGCUGGGGAUCUGGCUUCCACGACGGUGUCCACCAGCCUCCUCAUCCCCACCAUCCGAAGCCGUCGAUUGAAAAGGCCGAAGCUGCUGUGGCCGCACUCGUUGCAGAAGUCUCCAAGGCCGCCUUGUGGGCUGGAGCGUCGGCGGAUUUCGAUGUGGGCUCUAGCCACACGCAAGAGAGUCCUCGUCACAAGAUGCCGCCCACCCCGCGCCGGGUUGUCGGCUUCUACCCGGCUAAGAUGAACGCUGGGGGGAAGCGAAGACGCGACGAACUCGAUGUGGGUUUCGCUUUCGACAUCGAAAAGAAUUCUGGCACCCCGCGUAAGAGAGCACCUCGUGGAACCAGCUACUCCUUCUGCGAAAGUACCUCCACGCUUCCCAAGUGUGCUGCUCAAUCAACAAUCAUGGGAAGCACUGAGGAAAAAAAGGUUCCAAUCGUCUCGAUGGCUAGUAUGCCUUACCACCGAAAGAGUCUAUGUGUAUUUGGGGAUUCCCUCCUGAGCCAACGCGUUUUCUCCCUUACUUCUAGUGAUGUGAGUAUUUCUGGUACGACCGUGAUCAUCAGCAGCAACCACCGUCUCCUGCCGUCUCCUCUUUCGCGCCACAAAAGCGGCACCCAGUCUGAUGACCCAUCCGCCAGCGCAGGUAGCCCCAUCAAGCCCAAGACCCACCGAAAACACGCCGUCUCCUUCUCUGUGUCCACUUCUCCCGCAACCGCCUCGCCCUCCACCUUCAGGAACAACGUGGCCGCACAAUCCGUGCUCAGGGCGGGUGGGUACACCUCACGGGACUACAUGCGUUAUCGGGCCGCUUGCCUUGCCGACAGAGAGCGAUGCGGCGCCGGCAAGUCCCAGGAAAUGAACACCCUCUAUCGAUUUUGGUCGUUCUUCUUGCGCGACAACUUCUUUAACAAGAUGUACAGGGAGUUCAGACAAUUGGCUCGGGCUGAUGCCGAGGCUGGCUAUCGGUAUGGCAUCGAGUGUCUCUUCCGUUUCUACUCGUACGGUCUGGAGCACAAAUUCUGGCCAGCGUUGUUCAAGGACUUCCAGGAGGAGACGCUAAGGGACUACGACGCCGGUCACCUGUAUGGCCUAGAGAAGUUCUGGGCGUUUCUGCACUACGGCAAGCACAAACCCGACCUCAACCCUCGUAUCGCAGAACUUCUCAAGAAAUACCGAAAAAUCGAUGAUUUCCGAGUUAACGUGAGUACCUACUUGAACACAGCCGUAGAUUCGAAUGUUACGAUUUGUUAUACAGCUAUUUAUAAAGUCCGAUAUUGUCGUGUGGGUUUGAGGUGUGUCACGUGGCAGGUUCUUUUACUUGCUUCUCCGGCAGAUUUCACACAUGGGUUUCAUAGUUAUCGGUGUUGUUUGUGCGAUUUACUUCAGUUUGAGGCGCCUGACGGUUUCUUCGGCUACCGUAAACGUCUUCCAUCGACCUCCGCGGAUGUCUCGAAUCCACCACCUGCACCAAGGCCGCAUCAUCGCGACCUGAUCGUGGUCGCCUCCAAGGCCAGGACAGUCGCGCCACCAGAAAAACCAGAAUCCGUGGCUGCUUUUGACAGUGCGGUUAAGGAAGCCAAGGAGAAGGCUCCUCCCGUUGACCCAAGCUGCGCUGAGGUCAACGGAACUGGAGGAAAGCCGCAUAGCUCCAAACCCCAUGCCUCUGGAGACGGUCCGACAUUGACAUCUGCGGCCACCUCCACGUCCAAGCCUAAUAAACCUAAAAAGAGCGCGAGUUUCAAGAAGGAGCCUCCACACACGAACGCACCUGCGGCUGCCGCUUCACCCCAGGUCGAAAAUGGACGGCCUGAUCCUGGUGCAGAGACUACAUUCUUCGAGAAGGCAGCCACGAAGACCUCAAAACCGCGAAAGCCCGCGAAAAAGCCUCACCACGAUCGACCUAGAACCAUCACUGCGUCGAAGAAGUCCGAAAACGUCGCUGGCUUGCAGCAACCCCUAACAGAAUCUGCUGGACCUUCCGUGUCUGGGGAUUCAACCAGCACCCCGGAAACCGCUGAUCCGAAGUCCCAGGAGAAUUUGGAUCCUAAGAAGUCAGAUUCGAAGGUCACGGGCCCAACUCCGAAAGCUCCGAAGGAAUCGCGGCGACCAUGGAAAAAGGUCGGUCCGAAGAGAAACGGUGGAGGCGGAGAAAGGGUGUCUGGUGGCGACCAGGAUAAACCAACCACAAGCAAGGAAAAGCCAGCAGCUAGUAGAAAGAAGCCCCACAGCAAUCAACCCAAACCGAGGCCUGAUGAACAACCCUCCACAGCCACCUCGUGA